UUGCACAAAGUAUAUGUUAAGGUAACCACGCACAAUUUGUCAUAUUCAAUCCAGUGGCUGAGGAAGUACAAUCAUGGAAUGUUCAUGCCUAACAAUAAUAGUUGGAAUAGUGUUACUACAUAUUUCAAAAGCAGCUCUACCUACCGGAUGUUCAGGUGGAACUCAGACUUGCCCCGCCAACUCUGCUUGUACUGCAGAUGGGACAGAUACUUGUGUUUGUAACGACGGUUUUAAGCUUAACUCCGCACAAGAUGGAUGUGAGGCAAAAGUAUUAGGUGAUGUUUGUGAUUCAACAAACGGCUGCACAGGUUUAUCGAAUAUCGCUUGUACAAAUAGCAAAUGCGAAUGUGCUGCCGGAUAUGCAAACAAGAAUUCUGUUUGUACCAAAGUAAGAGUGUCCGAAGUUGUAUGUAAAGCUGCAGGAACUGAAUGUGAUAGCAUUGAUCAUGCUGGCUGCGAAAUUCAGAAAUGUAAAUGCAACACUGGCUACAUUGAAGACACGAAGGACGGAAGCACAUGUGUAAAGAUUAUUGGAGGAUCAUGUCAAGGAACUGCUGCAUGUCCUGGUGACCAAAAUACAAUUUGCAAAAAUUCAUUAUGUGUGUGUACCGAUGAUUAUGUAGAAAAAGCCAACGUCUGCAAAAAACGGGUAGAUAGAACAAUAUGCUCUGUAAAAGGAACUGAAUGCAGCUCUACAGAUAAUGCUGACUGCGACACCACAGCGCUUAAGUGUAAAUGCAAUGACGGAUUCAAAAUGAAUGCUGACACGUGCAUAGCCGCAGAAAAAAACGCAGGUGUGUCAGCAACUUUGGCAUUUAUCGUGCUUGCACUACUUCCGGUUAUCCUGUCAAUAAAGGAGGCGAUUAUGUAAACUUGCCAAUCAAAAGUUUGCAGGUAUAUGAACGGUUUGAAUAUUGGUGUGACUGCUUGUUCGCUACAGGUAUAUGAACGGUUUGAUCAUUGGUGUGACUGUUUGAAUUGUUAUAUAUUGUCUGCAAACUUCAUUCAUAUUUUGUUUUCCUUUUCAAAAGACUGUUUAAGACGAGUGUGUAUUUUGGAGGAAUAUUAAUAUUUUAUUUAAAUUUGAACUUUAAGCAAAAAGGUAGUGAAAUAAUUUUUCACUUGAUACUUAAUUAUUAUGUCAAUGAUGUUUUAAUGUUAAAUAAAAUCUAAUACGUG